UCUCCUCGGCAUGGAUAGUGAAGCGACUCCUGAAGGUCCGUUGGAAAGCUCGCAUGGGCAAUUAGUUCUGGAAAUGCUCCAGCAUGUAGCUAUUUCUUCAGCAACAGUGCAGAGCCAACAACGAGGAGACCCCGAGCUAACAGUCGACGAGAAGAUCGCAGUGCUGAAAGACGUGUUUGUAAGACGUCCAGGAGAUUUUCUGAUGAGAUUUGGUCGCUACCUACGUCGCGAUCAUUUAGCAUGCUUCAAGUCUAUACGACAAGACUACGAAGUUGACUUUCGCGCUAGAGAAGUUGAACUUCUUCUAGACAGAGACAAGAACCGAAUGAGGAUUCGUAAUCGACGUUUUGAAUAUUUGCAGCAGCAAAUGAGCCACGGUGAUUACUUCUGUGACCGAGAAAUGAGAAAAAGAAACCCUUUGCUGUAUGAACAGUAUGUCGGUCAGUAUCUUACUGAGCAAGAGAGAAAAGAAUUGAAUCUUGACGUGUCCUCAGAUGUGGGGCUCUCCGCACAACUACUGGAUCAGCUGGAAAGACUGCGAACUGCCGAACUUCUUGCUAGACAACAAGAUCAAGAAAACCAGGAAGAAGAAGAGGAUGACAGUGAUGACAGUGAGAAUGAGUUGGAAUGUUACAGAGACCAACAAAUUGGUUCAAAACAAUUACAUGCAGCAGAAGAGAAGAAAACAGCUGGGAUUAGUACAAGGGAGAAGAGACUACUGAGAGAUGAAUGUGUAUCAAUUAUGCAUCAACUUUUCCUCACUGGGAGUGACAAGGAUUUUGACUAUCAGCAGGUUGAUAACUGUUGUGACUAUGAUUCCUUAGAGAUUCGUGAGAGAGAUGAGGAAGAAGCUUAUUUUGAUGAUGAAGAACCAGAAACAUGGCCAGUAGAAGACACAGCAAAGAUUCACAACAUAGUGUAACAAAACCAACAUUUGCCACCAAAGCAGUGUGCCAGUUAUCUUAAUAUGUAACUAUACAUAGACAAGCUACUAGCUACCACCAAACAUCCAAGUGAAUCUGAAACUCAUGUUUUUAUUUUUGUCCUCUGUAGCCAGUGAGCUACAUUGUUGCAUUUAAGAAUGACAGCAGAUCCUCCCUAUUCUUGUCCA